UCGGUCGUCAACGAGAAGAAAUACCUGCACAGCGCGCAGGUCAUCCCGAGGCUCGCGAGCAAGUGGCACAAGCCGGAGUGGCACGCGCCUUGGAAGUUGUACCGCGUCAUAAGCGGCCACCAAGGCUGGGUGAGGAGCGUCACCGUGGACCCGUCGAACGAGUGGUUCGCCACCGGCAGCGCGGACCGAACGAUCAAGAUCUGGGACCUCGCGUCCGGGCAGCUGAAACUGACCUUGACCGGGCACAUCGAGCAAGUCACCGGCAUCGCGGUGAGCGACAGGCACCCGUACAUGUUCACGUGCGCGCUCGAUAAAAUGGUAAAGUGCUGGGACUUGGAGUACAACAAAGUGAUCAGGCACUACCACGGCCAUCUCUCCGGGGUGUACUCCCUCGCGUUACACCCCGAGCUCGACGUGUUGAUGACCGGCGGUCGAGACAGCGCGUGCCGGGUGUGGGACAUGCGGACGAAGCUGCAGGCGAUGUGCCUCACGGGGCACGACAGCACCGUCGCCGCGAUCGCGUCGCAACGAGAGGAGCCGCAGGUGAUCACUGGGUCGUACGACAGCACGGUGAAGCUGUGGGACCUGGCCGCGGGGAAGUGUCGGACGACGCUGACGUACCACAAGAAAGGCGUCAGGGCGCUCGCGUUGCACCCGAAAGAUUUCUCGCUCCUGAGCGCGAGCGCGGAUAACAUCAAGAAAUUCGCGCUUCCGCACGGGAAGUUCAUGCACAACAUGUUAUCGCAGCAGAAGACUAUCGUGAACUCGCUGAGCGCGAACGAGGACGACGUCGUCGUGAGUGGGGGUGAUAACGGGUCGGUGUGGUUUUGGGAUUACAAGAGCGGGCACAAUUUUCAACAAGCGCAGCCGAAGGUGCAGCCGGGUUCGAUGGAGUCCGAAGCCGGGAUCUUCGCCUCGGCGUUCGACCGCACGGGGACGCGUCUGAUCACCGUGGAGGCGGACAAGACGAUCAAGAUGUGGAAAGAGGACGAGGACGCGACGCCGGAGACGCACCCGAACUUGCCGUAUCACCCGCCGAGGGAAUUACGACGGUAUUAA